AUGGCAGAGGAGCCUCCGCCGCGGAGAAAGCCGAAGCCGCCGAUGUCGCACAUCAUGCGCCUAUCCCUCAGGGUCGUGGACUACGUAUCCGACGCGACCCGCCGCGCCGACGGCACCGUGAACCGCCGUGUGCUCUCCCUGCUGGACCCUCGCGUCCCGGCCCUCUCCUCCCCGUGCCGCGGCGUCGCCUCCCGCGACGUCGUCAUCGACCCGGCCAUCCGCCUCCGCGCCCGCCUCUUCCACCCUGCCGCUAGACCAGCCGGCAGCACCGCGCCUCUCCCCGUGAUCGUCUUCUUCCACGGCGGCGGGUUCGCGUUCCUCUCCAACGCGUCCCUGGCCUACGACGCCGUGUGCCGCCGCAUCGCGCGGUACGCCUCGGCGGCCGUGCUCUCCGUCGACUACCGCCGCGCCCCGGAGUACCGCUUCCCGGCGCCCUACGACGACGGCGUCGCCGCCCUCCGCUUCCUCGAUGACCCCAAGAACCACCCCGCGGACGUGCCGCUCGACGCCUCACGCUGCUUCCUCGCCGGGGACAGCGCCGGCGGCAACAUCUCGCACCACGUCGCGAGGCGAUACGCCUCGGACGUCCAAACUUUCAAGAACGUCCGGCUCGCGGGCGUCAUCGCCGUCCAGCCCUUCUUCGGCGGCGAGGAGCGGACGCCCUCCGAGCUCCGCCUCCACGGCGCGCCGAUCGUGUCCGUGCCCCGCACCGACUGGAUGUGGCGCGCGUUCCUCCCGCACGGCGCCGACCGUUCUCACGAGGCCGCGUGCUGCACCACCCCUGAGGCAGCCGCAGGUAUAGACUCCCCGGCGUUCCCGCCGGUGCUGCUCGUCAUCGGCGGCUACGACCCGCUGCAAGACUGGCAGCGGCGGUACUGCGAGAUGCUGAUGGGCAGCGGGAAGGACGUGACGGUGCUGGAGUACCCGGACGGCAUCCACGCCUUCUUCCUCUUUCCCAUGUUCGACGACGCGCGGGACCUCAUGACUCGCAUCGCCGAGUUCGUCGGCGGCGGCCAGUGA